CCUUUGCUGCGGCUUUAUCUUCAAUCUGUUUUGAGGGAUUUGAUUGUGUGGGGAUUUGAUUGUGCAGGUACGCGUGGACCAAAGUCAAACUUUACCAAGGCCCAAUAUUUCCUCAAAAGUAUUAUUUUCCAUAUAAUAAACCAGCAUCCCCCAGUGACUAGUCCGCGGAUUUUCCACUCUUGGAAACCAAGAAUAAUAGAAUUUAAGGAAACAAGAAGAACAAGGCGCAGCCGGCACAACACGACGCCGUUCGCCGCCGCUCCUAUCACCACAGCAUUUCCUUCUCCUUCUCUUCGUCUCUGUUUCGUUUACUAUUGCCGCCGCUCUCAUUUGACCGCUUCACCUUUCACUCAACUUUUUCCGAUGGCGCUUCGUUUCGAGCUGUUUUGCUGAUUUUAGAACUUGGUUCGCUGUUUUUUAACUGAAGGUUUUGGGGAGGUUCAAUCGUGCUCGUGCAGCUCAACUCACACUCCCUCACUUUGUAUGUCAGACUCCUCUUUUCAUGCCUGUUGGAACACAAGGAACUAUAAAAGGGUUGGCAACUGACCAGCUUGAGGAGAUUGGUUGCCAAAUAAUUCUUGGGAAUACAUAUCAUUUGGCACUUCGACCUACCUCUGAGCUUAUUGACGAGAUGGGAGGUCUCCACAAAUUUAUGAACUGGCCAAGAGCGCUGCUUACUGAUUCUGGUGGCUUUCAGAUGGUAUCCUUAUUGCAUUUAGCUGACAUCACUGAGGAGGGUGUAACAUUUCAGUCACCGGUCGAUGGAAAGCCAAUGCUCUUGACACCUGAGGAAUCAAUUCAAGUCCAAAAUAGAAUUGGAGCAGAUAUUAUAAUGGCCCUUGAUGAUGUAGUGAGAACCACCAUCACUGGUCCAAGAAUUGAGGAGGCCAUGUAUCGUACUCUACGAUGGAUUGACAGAUGUAUAGCAGCUCAUACAAGACCGAGCGAGCAGAACUUAUUUGGUAUUGUUCAAGGUGGCUUAGAUCCUGUACUAAGGGAUAUAUGCGUCAGAGGCUUAGUAGAACGGAAUUUGCCUGGCUAUGCCAUAGGCGGUCUUGCGGGUGGCGAAAGUAAGGAUUCAUUUUGGCGUGUUGUUGCUCAGUGCACUGCUGCACUGCCUGAGGACAAGCCGCGAUAUGUUAUGGGCGUUGGUUAUCCAUUGGACAUUGUAGUUUGCAGUGCUUUAGGUGCUGACAUGUAUGACUGUGUUUAUCCAACACGUACUGCUCGCUUUGGCACAGCUCUUAUACCUGAGGGAGUGCUGAAGCUGAAGCACAAAGCUAUGGCUGAGGAUACCCGCCCUAUCGAUCCUACAUGUGCUUGUAUGGUAUGCAAGAAUUAUACUAGAGCUUACAUUCAUUGCCUAGUUACAAAAGAUGCUAUGGGAUCUCAGCUUCUGUCAUAUCACAACCUGUAUUACAUGCUAAAGCUAAGUAGAGAUCUACACUCAUCAAUAAUCCAAGGAACAUUUCCAGAGUUUAUAUGCAACUUUCUGCAAACAAUGUUUCCUAAAGGAGAUGUCCCGGAAUGGGUCUGCAAUGCCAUGGAGGUUGCUGGAAUUGACAUCUCUUCCUGCUGUACUCCAUUUUCUUCAUCCCAAGAUUCAGAUUAGAAGUGUACACACAACUGAGGUAGUCUUAUACAAAUUUUGAUGCAAGAGCGGUUAUUUGAGCCAAAAACACGAGAAAGGUUGAUACCUAACAAAUGUAGACUAGGUGAGGGGAGAGCGUAGAUCAUGUUUCCCUUAUUCUGUUUCACUAGAAACCAUAGGAUAAUCUUCUCUGGCAAUUUUGGGGAUCCAUUGACUAAAACACGCUGCAGAAAGGAAACAAAUCGCAAGAGAUACUGUUGGCAAUUCUUUUUGGAAUAGGAGAUCCUUCAAUUUUUGUUGUCUUCACUGCUUGUAAGAACAAUACAAAAUGCAAUUAACAAAUGAUUCGGCUAGUUUUGAAAAGAUCGCUUGCUCAUUCUUUAUACAUACA